AUGCUUCGAGACCAUGGCGUCGGAAUCGGCAUCAUCAACGGCCUCGACACGGCCGUCUCGAUCCACGGCCGCAUGAGCCCAGACUCACCCCCCGGCAUGACGGCGUCCAAGAGCUCCAAGUCGUCGUCCUUUCACUCGCUCAACAGCGACGACGGCAGCGUCAUGGCGGACGUCGGGCACUUCGAAGACAUUGGCCUCGACGACCGUGUCACCCCAAAGGCUGCGCCACAGCCCAUCCGCCAGCCUCGAGAUCUCGCCUCGGCCAAACGAGCGCCGCACCCGAAGCGAUCCUUUUCCAACCUCGACCGCACCUCCCAGGGCUCGAACCCGCGCAGCCCAAACUUCCCUACGCUGUCUGACCCGCGGCCCAUCUCGACGCUGACCAAGGGCUAUUCCACCUCGUCUGUGCCGCAGUCUCGCCGUCACCGCAGCACCAGCCCGGGCAUUGCGCUGAAUCCUCGAGAUCCGAAUCUUCCUGCCCGGCCGCGUCGAGGCAGCUGGCAGGUGAGCCGAGACCGCAAGUCCAUCUCAGAGCUGGAGCAAGAAUGCGACGACGACGACGAUGACGACGAUCUCCCUGACGGCCUCUUCCUCGAGAAUGUUCCCAUUUCUCCACGCCCACAGCAUGAACGACCCGCGAGCCGGCCUUCGUCCAUAAAAUCCCCCUCGCCUUCUCCCAACCGCCGACAAAAGAGUCCCCGAGUUCGCAGCGUCGGCGCCGGCACGCCGCCUGUCGCCCAGGCACAAGGCUCGCUGCGGUCACCAAGGCAGCCUCCCAGCCCUCUCAGAGGCAAGGCCCAGAGCUGGAACAUUGCGCUCUCGGAAUUGAACGCCGACACAAAGGCUCUGACCGAGAAACUCGAGGAGCACGCCGACGAGCAGCAUGAAAUCGAAGCCAAGCGACAUGGCGCCGUGGCAAGGCCCAACACUUGGGAUCCGAACCAGUCGGUAAAGAUUGAUGGCAUAAACGAUAUAAAAAAAGGUCGCGUCAAGUCUUCUUUCGCCGAGCUUCCGCCACUUCGUCGUUCCAACAUCAUGAUUGACCCACUGCCGAUUUCCAAGGAGAAGGAGGCUGUUCUAAGCCGCACGAGGCCUUCGUGGCUGCCUCCCAAAGACCCCGCCGAAGAACGCCGCCACUUGCGCGAAUAUCAGAAACUGAUGCAAGCCAGUGUCAAGGCCGAGGAGCGCCGCGAAGCAGCGCGAAAGAGCAAGGCAAACGCGAGGGACACCAAUGCGGACAGGGCCAUGCACGUCUGGGAAGACGACAUUCUCCCGCGGUGGAACCAGGCUAUACGCGAGAAGAAGACGAGAGAGUUGUGGUGGAAGGGAGUGGCGCCCCGCAGUCGACGAGCUGUGUGGGCCAAGGCCAUCGGAAACGAGCUUGGCCUGACAGAGGCAUCUUUCAAAGCUGCACUGGCCCGUUCAGACGAGCUCGAGAAGAGAGUCAAGACUGACAGGGGAGAUGCCGAGGAUCUGAGGCGCGUCAAGUGGUUUGAGCAGAUUCGCAAAGACGUUGCCGAGAAGACGUGGAGGGAUCUGCGCAUCUUUGAAGUGACUGGUCCUCUGCAUCAGGGCUUGGUGGAUGUGCUGAGAGCCUAUGCCAUGUAUAGGAACGAUAUCGGCUAUGUGUCAGGGUGUAAUACCAUAGCCGCCUUGCUUUUACUGAAUCUACCAAACCCCGAAACAACCUUUAUUGCCCUCGCAAACGUACUCAACCGCCCCCUACCAUUGUCAUUUUAUACCUUUGAUCGCGGUGCGCAAGCUUCAGCAUACAAUCUAGUACUUGAAUCGCUCAAGAGCAAGUCGGAUACCCUGUGGCACCACUUGACCAGGGCGGUCCCCGGCGUCCAGCUUGACCACUACCUCGCAAACAUCUUCACCAGCCUCUUCACGGGAUAUCUGGCCAUUGACGAAGCAGCACGACUUUGGGAUGUAUACGUCUUCGAAGGCGAUACACUACUGGUCCGAGCGGUCGUUGCCAUUCUCCUCAACCGAGAGCCGGAUCUGCUGGUGUGCAAAACUGCCGAAGAGGUCAAGGCUGUCAUCUCACGAACCAGCGCCGGAGCUACAUCAACACGAGCAGUGAGCGAAGUUGGUGCCGAAGAUCGCUUCAUGCAGAGCAUCCGCGAUGCAGGGAAACAAUAG